AUGCGUGCAACAAAGGACACAGGAGACCAGAGAUAUGUCCUUGUACCUCCUGAGCAGUUUGACUAUUUGUUGAACCUCAUCAGACACAGGCUGCAGAAGCAUCCCCAUGGCCGUCCAGCUCUGGAACCAGCACAUCGAUUGGCCAUCACUCUGAGGUAUCUUGCGCAUGGAAGCUAUCUCAGUAGUGUGGCAUACAGCUUCCGCAUAGGAUCCACAACAAUCAAGAUGAUUGUUUAUGAAACAUGCACGGCCUUGUGGGAGGAACUAAUGCCCGUCUACCUGCCUAACCCUACACCAGAGGUGUGGGUACAGUCCGCCCAGCAUUUUGAGGAGAGGUGGGCAUUACCAAACUGCGUUGGUGCUGUAGAUGGGAAGCACAUCGUGAUCGAAGCCCCAAAGCAUGGAAGAUCCAUGUUUUAUAACUACAAGGUGGAGUAA